AACUUCUUUCUGUCGGCAGCAACUCUUCCAAAAAAAAUAAAAUUAAAAAUCGAAAAAUAAUAAAAAAAAAACUGUCAUCAAUGUCAUAUGGUGGUGAUCUACAGAGACUGUUAGAGAUCACAGUUUCAGUCAAGCUCUGAGCUUUAUGCAAGAACGAGAGAGAGAGAGUGACUGAAUCGAAGUUCAGCUCACCACCAUUACAGUCAAACUUCCCCAAAGCAUUGGUUUUUAUAUAAUCGAAACACUAAUCCAAAACUGUAAUGAUGGUCCAAGACCCGCCAUUUCCAUCCUCAAAAAAGCCCCCAAAACCUCAGCGCAAGCAACCCCAACCUCAACCCCAAGAGCCCACCCUUCUCUCAGAUCACUUCCCUGAGCCCCAAUCUCUCGGUUUGCCCAAAUGGGUUUCCUUCAAUCUCUUCAAAAUCACCACCAUUUCGAUCCUGGCUCUCGUCAUUGCCGCCCUCUUCUUCCUCCAUAACACCAAUGAGUCUUCCGCCACUUUCUUCUGUUUCAACUCUCACUCUAAGAAGCCUAUCCCCAUUGAACUGCCCAAAGUGGACUUCAAUUCGGUCCGACCCAUUUUGGACAAGGAUUCGGUUUACGCAUCUUUCACCUCCCGUCGGUGGAUUGUUGUCUCGGUUUCUGAUUACCCUUCUGAUUCGCUUCGGAAGCUUGUUAAAAUCAAAGGGUGGCAAGUACUCGCAGUUGGGAAUUCGAGGACUCCUUCGGAUUGGGCUCUUAAAGGUGCGAUUUUUUUGACUUUGGAGGACCAAGCUAAUCUGGGUUUUCGUGUUUUGGAUUACCUUCCUUAUGAUUCUUAUGUGAGGAAGACGAUUGGGUACCUUUUCGCUAUCCAACACGGCGCGAAAAUGAUUUUUGAUGCUGAUGAUAGGGCGGAAAUCGUUGGUGAUGAUCUUGGUAAGCAUUUUGAUUUGAAAUUGUCCAGUGUGGAUGUAAUGCAGGAGAGGAUUUUGCAGUAUAAUCGUAAAAACCCGAAUAGAACGGUUGUGAAUCCUUAUGUUCAUUUUGGGCAGCGUUCGGUUUGGCCAAGGGGAUUGCCUUUAGAGAAUGUUGGGGAAGUUGGGCAUGAAGAGUACUAUAAUGAAGUGUUUGGAGGUACGCAAUAUAUUCAACAGGGCUUAUCUAAUGGCUUACCUGAUGUGGAUUCUGUUUUUUACUUGACUAGAAAGUUAGGUUCGGAAGCAUUUGAUAUAAGGUUUGAUGAUAAUUCUCCUAAGGUUGCUUUACCACAAGGUGUAAUGGUGCCUGUAAAUUCAUUCAAUACAUUGUUUCAUUUCAAUUCGUUUUGGGCCCUAAUGCUUCCGGUUUCUGUUAGUUCAAUGGCUUCUGAUGUGUUAAGGGGUUAUUGGGCACAAAGGAUUUUGUGGGAAGUUGGGGGUUCUGUUGUGGUUUAUCCUCCCACAAUAUUUAGAGAGGAUAAGAUUGAAGGAUACCCUUUUGCAGAAGAGAAGGAUCUUCAUGUAAAUGUCGGUCGGUUGAUUAAGUUUUUGGUUUCUUGGAGAUCUACUAAGAGAAAUUUGUUUGAAAAAAUAUUGGAUUUAAGUUUUGCUAUGGCAAAAGAAGGGUUUUGGACUGAGAAAGAUUUGCAGCUCACAGCAGCUUGGCUUGAAGACUUGCUUGCUGUUGGGUAUAAUCAACCAAGGUUGAAGGCAGUGGAGUUGGAUGCGAUUCAGCUGGGAACUACCAUCAACCAGGGAGAGUUGAAGGAGUUUGUUCCUCAAAAACUACCUUGUGUGCAUCUUGCAGUUAAGGAAUCAGAGACUGUGAAUUAUGAGAUUGGGAACUUGGUUCGCUGGAAGAAGAAUUUCGGUAACAUUGUGCUGAUCAUGUUUAUAAGUGGGUCUGUUGAAGGAACUGCCUUAGAAUGGAGAUUGCUUUAUGGCAGGAUAUUCAAAACAGUUGUGAUUUUGUCUGAAAAAGCUAAUGAAGAGUUAGCUGUGGAGGAAGCUUCACUGGAACAAGUGUACAAGUAUUUGCCAAAGAUAUUUGAAAGGUAUACUAGUGCAGAAGGAUUCUUGUUUCUCCAGGACAAUACAGUCUUAAACUACUGGAAUCUAGUACAAGCAGACAAAUCUAAGUUGUGGAUCCCUGAUAAGGUGCCUAAUUCAUGGACUACAGUCUCAAUCAAGGACAAAAAUUCAGCGUGGUUUUCAAAACAAGCGCACAUGGUUAAGAAAGUUGUAAGCACUAUGCCGGCUCACCUUCAGGUCAGCUACAAAGCGAGUAGCACGGGCGAAAAUAGUCUUACAGUCUGUAGUUCAGAGGUUUUCUACAUUCCUCGGGCUUUUGUUGGGGACUUUGUAGAUCUUUCUGGCCUUGUGGGUAAUUUCAAUAUGCACUACAGGGUAGCAAUUCCUAUGUUUUUCACGGCGAUGGAUUCGCCCCUGCAAUUUGACAAUGUCUUCUCUAAGAUGAUUUAUAAGCCAGAGUUACUGUCUAGUAACUCUUCCCUCUCUUAUUCUGCUCAAGUACCCGCUGUAUACCCUUGGACCGUUUCCAAUGAGGUGGGUUUUGUGGAACUCAUAAGAGUCAUGGCAGCUGGGGACCCCCUUCUAAUGGAACUGGUUUAAAAGAGCAGUUCGUGAGAAGUGAAUCUCAGCUUGGAAGUGCAACACUUUUGGUUAUGUGGAGAAAGUUCAUACAACACUUGACAUUGAAUUCCCUUGUCUAUGUAGCUCUGAGGAAAAAGGCUCAUCGCUCAUAUUUGAUAUAAUGUAGUUUUUUUGUAAUCUUUUUACUCCAUAGUUUCCACUGUAUGAUUCAUUGAUGUAAAUUUUCAUUAGAAAUUGUAUUUGACUCAAGGUUAUAUCAUAAAAUUUCUCUCACUCAGUAAUGAAAUGGUUAGAGCUGUUCUUCAUGCAA